UCCCCUCUGCUCCACACAUACAUACAUACAUAUAUAUAUAUAUAUAAAUAUAUAAUGGGCUCAUACGCCGCCGCCGGCAAGUCGUCGAAAGGGUGCUUUUCGUGGUCUCCUACGGCGGUUCUAAGCCCUUGCGCCGCCUGCAAGAUUCUCCGGCGGCGGUGCGUGGAGAAAUGCGUGCUGGCUCCAUACUUCCCCCCCACGGACCCACUCAAAUUCUCCAUUGCUCAUCGUGUUUUUGGGGCCAGCAACAUCAUCAAGUUCUUGCAGGAAGUUCCUGUGGAUCAAAGAUCCGAUACAGUAAACAGUAUGGUAUACGAGGCAAGUGCGCGACUACGAGAUCCAGUGUACGGCUCCGCCGGCGCCAUUAGUAAUCUUCAAAAGCAAAUCGGCGAGCUCCAAGCCGAGCUCGCCAAGGCGAACGCUGAAAUUCUAAACAUGCAAUGCCUCAACGCGUACUUAUUCGAUCAAAUCAGCAAAAGGGAUUCCCCGAGAAACACAAAAUUCCAUCAACAACAAGACGAGGAGGACGAUGAUAAUGACUCGACAUUCCCCCUACAAAUUUGUGAUACUCUAAUCACACCCUCCUUCUACAAUGGUGAAGAAACCAAUUUAGGGUUUUCAUGGGAUCCCCUAUGGACAUGA